CUAAGUGACUGGUGGACUAUGCAGACAGUCGUGGUGCAACACAGAAAAUGCCAAAAGAAAUUACGGAAGAUCAGUAAAACCAACAAGAAAUCACGUCAAUAUGAAUGUAGAAUCAUCCUAAAUCUGAUUGCGUUACUUCACAUAUUCGUUCUACAAUAGAUUCAUGUGUUCUAAUCACAGACACACAGAGCAUAAUUCACUGGAAACCUGAUCACUUUACUUGCAACACUGUUGACAGUAUUUCAGAUUCCUCCUGUCGUGUGUUAACACUUUACUAUAACAAUAUUCUUAACGAUUCAGAAUGAUGCUGUUAUAUUUUUAACAAUACACAAGUCCCGAACAGUUACAGAGAUUCCUUGUUAAAACUGUUUAUUCUAAGAAUACAACAUUUAUUGAGGGGCACUAUUUCAGUGAUUCUUAUUCAUAUAUAUUUUAUUUAGUUUUUUAUUUGCUGUUCCAGUUCAACGUUUGAGUGCUUGAAUAAAAAAUUAUAUAUACUACAAUAUGAAAUUUCAAUGCUUCAAUAUAUAAAUGAAGAUUUAAGUAUACUACGGUAUCAAAGUGUAUACAUUCUUUUUCAAGCAUGAAAUCUUGAGCGGUUAAAAAAGCUUAAUUUUUGCGAACAGGAUGUAUCGGAUGGUCCAUAUCGGGCAUGAUUGGUGGGUUUUUUUCGCAUUCCCGAAUUUCUUCCAUGCCUGUUUCAGCGAUUUUCCAUAACUCUGGAUGCUUUAUUUUGAAAUUAUUGUACCAUUUUUGUAUACGAGGCCAUUGAUCCAAUUUGAAAUCGAUUGCUUCUAGACAUAGGGUGGCGGUUAUCAGUGGGAAAUCAGCGAUAGUCAAUGUGUCUGUAAGAAUAAUUAUUUGUUCAUAUAUAGUACACUUGUAAAUAAUAGCUAAUAUAUCGAAAUUUCUGUAAUUAAGCAAACUGACUUCCUGCAGCAUAUUCGGAAUUUUCACGUUUUAGAUAUGUUUCGAAAGCGUCUAUAGCAAUCGUCAUUUUCUUCAAUCCCAAGGCAGUUCUUUUGUAAUCAAAAAAUAUGGGAUUCAUCUGUAAAAAAAACAUUUAAUAAUGAUAAUAUUUCUAACAAAGUCAAAUUGAAUGAUCAGUGAAUAUUUUCAGAAAAAUUAUCCAACUUUAAACCAUUGUUGCCUCUACUCUUUAUACAAUAGUGUCUAUUUAUUUAUUUAUUUUAAUUUAAGUUUAUUAUAGACUGAAUACGUACCACGUAAUCAGAAAUGUUGCGAUAAUACAUGGCCAAAUUAAAGCACAAACGAUGAUUGACAAUCGCUCUUGCCUUUGCAUCUUUUGGAUACAGUUUACCAUCUGUAUCGUACUUAUCACCCAGAUAUUGCAAAAUAGCAUUGCUGAUAUGUACAUGUACAAAGAAAUUACAUAACAUAUCAAGAUUUACUUCAAAUUUUAUAUGGUUACUACAUCAAUGGACUAACAUAUUUUAAAAAUACCUUUCACCCAUUACCAAAUCACCAUCAACCAAAACAGGUAUUUCCUUUUGCGGAUUUAGCUGUAAGAAUAACAUUACAGAAAUUAUUAUUAUGUGUUAUACUUUUCAAGUUAUAGACUUUUAAUAACGAUAGCUAUACUUUUUCAUAUUCCUCUGUCAUGUGUUCGCCUUUACCAAAAUCAAUAGACACCAAUUCAUAGUCAAUAUCUAAAGCUUUUAAUGCUUGGCGACAUGCUAGAGACGGUGGUCCAUCGGAAACGGAAUAGAGCUUCAUUGUUUAAACUAAAACAUUCAAUUCCUCACGUAAAAUGUAAUUCUGAAGAAACAAAAAUAUUUCAUAUAGUAAAUCGAUUUAUUUCUCGUAUAAUAUGAUACGUUGUGAAUUAAUUAUAAAAUAUAUAUGAGUAAAAUUGAGUAGGAUAAAAACUUUAUAUAGUGCUUACUUAUAAGACAAAGAUUUUAAUGUAUCUGCCGCAAAGAACAACUUGUGCGAUGUUCACUACAAGACUGAGACUGAGGUAUUCGCCUAUCUGCCUGAAAUAUUAUCUGAUGUUCCUUUCACUUCAGUUAUUCCUCAAGGCUUCUGAGUGACCUCGAUUUAAAUGUGCAGUAAAUAAGGCGGAUCAAACUCAUUUGCAGGUUAAGACAAUAAGAUAAUAUGAUAAUUGAGAUAUCCACAUUAUUCUUUUGCGUUUGACAUUUUCUUGACUUUGCCGGCUGAUUUCGAAUUCGCUUUGAAACCAAAAUUACCUUAUCUUAAAGUAGACACUUUCAGCUUUAAUUUAAGCUACGUAACAUUAAAAAAUUGCCUUGGGAAUGCAAUAAAAAGUCGACUUGAAAUUUCGCUUUAAAAUCGCCCCGUGAUUCCAAUGCAUGAAAAUUCGAAACUUCCCGCGGGCAUUUAUUUUCAAAUUGAUUUCAAUUUAAAAUGUUUCUCAUUCGUGCCACCAGAUGGCGAAAUUUUUCGUUUUUAUUAUUUGAUUCCACCUCGCUACUUUGUGUAUUCAGGUUAGGUUACUGUACCACAUGGGCGAAACAUUUGUUCUUUAGGGUUACUUUUGAAUUGUUGUGAAUAAUUAUAUUUACUUGUAAAUAACGUAAGAAUGUCUGUGCCUGAGAAAGUUUUAAUGCGAAAAAUAAGGAAAAGAGAAAAAAGAAAGCUACAGAUAUUGACAGACCGAGAAAAGCAAGCGCAAAAUGAAAAUGAAAGUGAAAUACAGAAUGUAUUUCCAAAAUCUCCAAAAGAAAGAAAGAGAAAGAAAACUGAUGGACUGAAGGAGGCUGAUGUGCCUCCAAGUACAGACGAUGAAAGUGAAAAUAAAGAAACUAUGGAUUUACCUGGAUCAGCAAUUGGCUUUGAGGUCACAAAUGAUACUAGUUUCAAAGUAUUAGAAGCAUUGGUGUGUGAGAACACUUUAAAAGCUAUCUAUGAUAUGGGUUUCAAAAAUAUGACUGAAAUCCAAGCAAAAGCGAUACCACCAUUGUUAGAAGGCAGGGAUUUAGUGGGUGCUGCUAAAACAGGAUCUGGAAAGACUUUAGCAUUUUUAAUACCAGCAAUUGAACUAAUUUAUAAAUUGAAAUUCAUGCCCCGUAAUGGCACAGGUUGUGUUAUUAUAUCUCCAACACGAGAAUUGUCCAUGCAAACGUUUGGAGUCUUAAAAGAGCUAAUGAAAUAUCACUAUCAUACGUAUGGUUUGUUAAUGGGAGGUGCAAAUAGGCAAACCGAAGCUCAGAAGCUUUCAAAAGGAAUUAACAUUGUUGUAGCAACACCUGGUAGAUUAUUGGAUCACCUGCAGAAUACAACAGACUUUUUGUUUAAAAAUCUUCAGUGUUUGGUUAUCGACGAAGCUGACCGUAUUUUGGACAUUGGAUUUGAGGAAGAGCUCAAGCAAAUUAUAAAUAUUUUACCAAAAAAGAGACAAACAAUGUUGUUCAGUGCUACGCAAACAAAAAAAACAGAAAUGUUAACAACAUUAGCACUGAAAAAAGAACCGGUUUAUGUUGGCGUUGAUGAUGACAAGGACAAAGCAACGGUUGAAGGUUUGGAACAGGGAUACGUGUGUUGUCCUAGCGAGAAAAGAUUCUUGCUGUUAUUUACUUUCUUGAAGAAAAAUCGGAAGAAGAAAGUAAUGGUUUUCUUCAGCUCUUGUAUGUCGGUCAAAUAUCACCAUGAGCUUUUGAACUACAUCGACUUACCAGUAUUAAGUAUACAUGGAAAACAAAAGCAGACGAAGAGAACGACAACAUUCUUCCAAUUUUGUAACGCGACUUCUGGUAUACUUCUUUGUACCGAUGUAGCAGCUCGUGGUCUUGAUAUUCCUGCUGUUGAUUGGAUCGUUCAAUACGAUCCACCCGAUGAUCCUAAGGAAUAUAUUCAUCGGGUUGGCAGAACUGCCCGAGGAGAAGGCAGCAGUGGACAUGCCUUAUUAAUUUUGAGGCCAGAAGAACUCGGUUUUCUUCGUUAUCUUAAACAAGCAAAGGUUCCGGUAAACGAAUUCGAUUUUUCAUGGGAUAAAAUUGCGGACAUCCAACUGCAGCUUGAAAAGUUAAUUUCGAAAAAUUACUUUUUAAACAUGUCAGCGAAAGAGGCAUUUAAAGCGUACGUGAGAGCGUACGACUCCCACCAUUUGAAGCAGAUCUUCGACAUUGAAACGUUGGAUUUGGCAAAAGUUGCGAAAUCCUUUGGAUUCCUUGUUCCACCAGCCAUAGAUUUGAAAGUAUCAGUGAGCAGGAAUUCUCGACCUCGAAAGAGGUUAACCGGAGGUGGUUAUGGUUACUUCAAAGGCAUGAAUAAUCCGGGUUCAGAGAAACAAUUGCAUCGUAGCAAAACUUUCCGUCAGAAAAAUAUGUCUGACAAUCGACAGUUUGCUAGAUAAUUAAAGUUAUCGCAUGUUUAAGACAUCGAAUUGUACAGUACAUAGCAAUAAGAAUAAAUUUAUUAUAUGUCUAUUCUUUCUAACAA